AGAGAGAGGUUGAAAAAGACAAGGGAGUCCUCGCUUCAUCCGGGGACGACAGCUCCAUGGUGAUGCGGCGAGCCCGCUGUGUCGGACGGCGAAGCAAAGUAAAGUAAACCCGAGGAGGGUCGCUUGCCUGCCGGAGUAGGAGGAGGCUGGGGGUGGGCUCAGCUUUUUUUUGCCCCCUCCCCUCUUGCAGGAGUUUACAAUGCGUCUUUCACACGCACCACGCCGCGAACGAUGAGACAAGUUCGCCUCUGGGUUGCGAGCCGCUCUUGAGUCACGGGGAACGGUCCUGGUAGCCGUGGCGGGCAUGAAGAAGCCGAGCGCCCCGCUCACCGGGAAAUGGUAGCGUACUGCGGGCACCGCAACUGGGCAGGAACAUGGUGGAGAGGAGCAGCAAAUUCUUGUUGAUCGUGGUCGGAUCCGUGUGUUUUAUGCUGAUUCUCUAUCAGUACGUGGCGCUCGGGGUCAUCAAUUUCGGCUCGCCGCACGGCUAUUUUGCCGAGGAGGACGAGGGGGACAUCUUCCCCACGCCGGACCCCCACUACGUCAAGAAGUACUUCUUCCCUGUGCGAGACCUGGAGCGGACCGUCGACUUCCAAAUCAAAGGGGAGGACGUGAUCGUGUUCUUGCAUAUCCAAAAGACCGGCGGGACUACGUUCGGCCGCCACCUGGUGCAGAAUGUCCGCCUGGAGGUGCCGUGCGACUGCCGGCCGGGCCAGAAGAAGUGUACCUGCUACCGGCCCAAUCGCAAGGAGACCUGGCUCUUCUCGCGCUUCUCCACCGGCUGGAGCUGCGGCUUGCACGCCGACUGGACCGAGCUUACGAACUGCGUGCCCGGGGUUCUCAACAAAAAGGAGAGCAAGCAAAAGAAUUUGAGCAGGAAGUUCUAUUACAUCACUCUGCUGAGGGACCCGGUGUCGCGCUACCUCAGCGAGUGGCGUCACGUGCAGCGGGGGGCCACGUGGAAGACCUCGCUGCACAUGUGCGACGGACGCACGCCCACGCCCGAGGAGCUGCCCUCCUGCUACGAGGGCGCCGACUGGUCGGGCUGCACCCUGCAGCAGUUCAUGGAGUGUCCCUACAACCUGGCCAACAACAGACAGGUGCGCAUGUUGGCCGAUCUGAGUCUGGUGGGUUGCUACAACAUGUCCACCGUGACCGAGAAGAAGCGGGCUCAGCUCCUCCUGGAGUCGGCCAAAAAGAACCUGCGAGACAUGGCCUUCUUCGGGCUGACGGAGUACCAGAGGAAAACGCAGUUCCUGUUCGAGCGCACCUUCAGACUGCGCUUCAUCCGACCCUUCAUGCAGUACAACAGCACUCGCGCCGCCGGGGUGGACCUGGACAACGCUACGGUGCAACGCAUCGAGGAGCUGAACGAACUGGACAUGGAGCUGUACGACUACGCCCGGGACCUGUUCCAGCAGCGCUACCAGUACACGCGGCAGCAGGAGCGCCGGCUCCAGCGCAUCAAGAAUCACAUGAGCCACCAAGGGCUCGGCCUGGGCCUCAGUCUGUGGCCCUCGGCCCGCCGCCGCCCCCCCAAUCGAGGAGAGGAGCGGGACGACGUGGUCGACGAGGAAGAGGGCGGCCGGACGGAGGAGGCGGCCGGGGGCAACCGUCUUCCCACCGAGGACUACAUGAGCCAGAUCAUCAACCGCUGGUAGCAAACUGAAGCGCCGCUCCUCAGACUGCUCAUUUAAAAAAAAAAAUUUAAAGGCAGAGUCGGGUUGCGCCGUUGCUAUGGCGACCAGAGACUGGCUAGCUGGGGUUUGCCCAAUUAUUAGCACUCGCCUGGUAACCCCCCCCCCUCAUUGAGUUCCUCCGCAUCUCCUGCCAUCAUUGGCAAUCGAGGGGUAUUUUUGAACGCGCUGACAUGCAACUUUCUCUUCCUCAAACGUGUGAAUUCAUUGGAUCGGAUGGCGAAGGAUCCGUCUAAUUCCUGGACAAUGCUCUCAAGCCACAAGGCUCAUCACCCUUAGGACCAUUUUAGCUCAUCGUGCGCCCCCCCCCCUCCC